AGGUUCCCUCAACACUUCCACAGCUUCUCUCAAUCAACACACCCCCCCACCCCAAAAAAACCUUCUUCAAAUUCCUAGUAAACAAGAGAAAAUGAGACCAAUUAGCACUUCACCGGUUUCAGUUUCAACGCCGGUAAUGACACCACUAGAGAAAUCGCCAUGGCACUCUCCGCUUCCUUACCUUUUCGGAGGCCUGGCAGCGAUGUUGGGUCUCAUUGCUUUUGCGCUAUUGAUCUUAGCUUGCUCUUACUGGAGACUUCCUGGUCGGUUAGACAACGACGAAGGAGGAGAGAGAGAUCUUGAGAGUGGUGAGAAAGAGGGUACUGAUGCUGCUAAGCAACCCGCAAAGGUCGACGAGGAGAAGAUUUUGGUGAUAAUGGCAGGACAAGAGAAGCCAACGUUUCUAGCCACUCCGGUAACUACUAAAGCUUCUUCUUUUAACGCUAAAAACGGUGAAACAGAGAAAAAUAAAGGAUCGGAAAAGGUCGAGUCCAGUGAGAAAGUGAAAACAGAGCUGGGUGAACAUGAAGAUGAACAAAUUCCAACCCCAGUUGGAGAAACAGAGAAUGAACAACAAACCUAAGAACACUACUAAAAUAAGCGUGGUUUUGCUCCUCUUUUCCUCUUUUUGGCUUCUUUUUGAAGAGAGGAAGAGAAUUUUUCCCCUUUUGAGCUUCUUCUUUUUUUUUUUUUUCCAUGUUUUUCUUCAUUUUUGGUUUUUUUUUUUUGUUCUGAAUUUUGAGAUGUCUUCUCCAUUUUGCUAACCGGCAAAGGUAAAAAAAUCUUGUUGAGAUCAAAGAUGAGUCCUCUUGUUCGACUAAAUUAAGUUUCACUAA